AUGGCGUCGCAGCAGGCGGAGAAGGCGGCGGAGCUGCAGGACCCCGAGAUCCGGGUGGGGAUAACAAGGGCGGCACCGGCGGGACCAGCCUCGAGGCCCAGGAGCGCCUCGCCGAAGGGAGGGCGGAGCCGCACGGCGGAGUCCGGCAAGGAGCGCGCCGAGAAGGAGGGUGGCGUGCUCAUCGAGCCCGACGAGAAGCAGCUCCAGGAGGCCAUGAAGGACAUCGGACGCAACUGA